UAAGGAUGUGCUUCGAGGGGCGGAGCCGUCAGGGAGGUUCUGCACAGCAUCGGGCACCUGCAGAAGAUGCCGCCGUCUCCAGACUACGAUUCCCAGAAGGCCUUGCCCGUCCCAGGGGCUUUUUCCAAGGCCCAGGUUGGAGGAGGCGAGCCUCCUUGGCACGUCACUUCCGUUCCAUCCUGUGGCGUGCUUCUUGCUGCCCGUUUCUCCUUCUCUGUCCUCAGACGACUUGCGAGGGGCCGAGCGGCAACCAAAAGCGGGGCCGGGCCUAGCCAGCAGCCAGAACCCCUCCCUCUCGUGGACUCUGCCCUGCCCCAGGAGGUGGGAGCCCCGAGGAAGAGAACAUGGAGUCUUUCCCCCCGACAGAUCGUCCCUGCAAGGAAACAGUGACAUUCCAGGAUGUGGCUGUGGAAUUCACCUGGGAGGAGUGGUUAUAUUUGAACCUAUCUCAGAAAAAGUUGUACAGGGAUGUGAUGCUGGAGAACUAUAGGAACUUGUUCUCUUUGGGAUUUGCAAUUUCCAAACCAGAUGUGAUCUACCAGUUGGAAAGAAAGGAAGCAUCUUGGAUGCCAGAGGCAGAUAUUCCACAAAGCAGCUGUCCAGGGAGCAAAGAAUUUACUGGAGAGAAAUCUUAUGAAUGUAGUGAAUGUGGGAAGACCUUCAGGAAUAAGACACAACUUACUGUGCAUCAGAAUAUUCAUGCUGGAAACAUUCUUUAUGAUUGUAAAGAGUGUGGGAAGGCUUUCCUCUACAAGUCAGCACUUACUCUACACCAGAGAAGCCAUACUGGAGAGAAACCUCAUGAAUAUAGUGAGUGUGGGAAGGCACAACUUACAGGGCAUCAGAGAAUUCAUACUGGAGAGAAACCUUAUGAAUGUCAGGAAUGUGGGAAACUUUUCCCUCGAAAGUCAGAUCUUAUUAGCCAUCAACUAAAUCAUAGUGGAGAGAAACCUUAUGAAUGUAGUGAGUGUGGGAAGGCCUUCAGGAGAAAGUCACACCUUACUGUGCAUCAGAGAGUUCAUACUGGAGAGAAACCUUAUGAAUGUAGUGAGUGUGGGAAGGCUUUCAGGAUUAAGGCACAAUUUACUUUGCACCAGAGUAGUCAUACUGGAAAUACUCUUUAUGAAUGUAAACCGUGUGGGAAGUCUUUCAUCUGCAACUCAGAAUUUAUUCUCCAUCAGAGAAUUCAUACUGGAGAGAAGCCUUAUGAAUGUAGUGAAUGUCAGAAGACAUUCAGGAGUAAAGCACAACUUACUGUGCAUCAGAGAAUUCAUAGUAAAGGCAGUCUUUAUGAAUGCCAGGAAUGUGGGAAGGCUUUCCCUCGCAAGUCAGAUCUUAUCGGCCAUCAAGUAAAUCACACUGGAGAGAAACCUUAUAAAUGUGUAUGUGGGAAGUCUUUCAAUAGGAAGUCAAAUCUUACAGUUCAUCAGAGAAUUCAUACUGGAGAGACACCUUAUAAAUGUAGUGAAUGUGGGCUGGCCUUCAGGGUUAAGAGACAGCUUACUGUGCAUCAGAAAAUACAUACUAGACAGAAUCUUCAUGAUUACAAGGGGGGUGGGAAGGCUUUCCAUCACAAGUCAGAUCUUAGAAAACAUCAAAAUAGGGUAGAGAAACCUUAUGAAUGUAAUGUAUGUGGGAAGGCCUUCAAGAUGAAAUCACAUCUUACUUUGCAUCAGAGAGUUCAUACUGGAGAGAAACCUUAUAAAUGUAGUGAAUGUGGGGUGGUAUUCAGGCGUAGGACACAGCUUACUGUGCACCAGAGAAUUCAUACCGGAGAGAAUCUUUAUAAAUGUAAGGAGUGUGGGAAGACUUUCUUCUACAACUCAGUAUUUAUUCUACAUCAAAGAAUUCAUACUGGAGAGAAACCUUAUGAAUGUAAUGAGUGUGGGAAAGCCUUCAGGAGUAAGACACAACUUACUGUGCAUCAGAGAGUUCAUCCUGGAAAAAUUCUUUAUGAAUGUAAAGAGUGUGGAAAGGCUUGCCACUACCAUUCAGAACUUAUUCACCAUCAAAGAAUUCAUACUGGAGCUAAACCUUAUACAUGCAGCGAAUGUGGAAAGGCCUUUAAGAAUAAGAGAAUUCUUACUGUACAUAAGAGCAUUCAUACUGGAGAGAAACCUUAUGAAUGUAGUGAAUGUAGGAAGACAUUCAGGUGUAAGACACAACUUACUUUUCAUCAGAGCAUUCAUACUGGAGAGAAACCUUAUGAAUGUAGUGACUGUGGGCAGGCCUUUAGGAGUAAGACACAGCUUACUGUGCAUCAGAGAAUUCAUACUGGGGAGAAACCCUUUGAAUGUAAUGAAUGUGGGAAAGCUUUCAGAAGUAAGGCACAUUUUACUGUUCAUCAGAGAAUUCAUACUGGAAAGAAACCUUAUGAAUGUAGUGAAUGUGGGAAGGCCUUCACUAGAAAGCCACAACUUACUGUGCACCAGAGGCUUCACACUGGAGAGAAACCUUAUGAAUGUUCUAAAUGUAAGAAGUCAUUCAGGAGUAAGAUACAACUUACUUUUCAUGAGAGUAUUCAUACUGGAGAGAAACCUUUUGAAUGUAGUGAAUGUAAGAAGGCCUUCAGAAGUAAGGCACAGCUUACUGUACAUCAGAGAAUUCAUACUGGAGAGAGACCUUAUGUAUGUAGUAAAUGUGGAAAGGCCUUCAGGAGUAAGGCAUAUCUUAAUGUGCAUUGGCGAAUUCAUACUAGAUAAAUUCUUUAUGAAUGUAAGGAAUGUGGGAAGACUUACCACUUCACUUAAGGACUUGACAUCAAAUAAUCCGUGCUUGUGUUUUUUGAAAUUGACUGCUAUUGUUAUUGACACCAGUUUUUGAUAAGUAUAUUAUUAUUUAUUAAUAUUAUAUCAGUAAAGGAUUGACCUUAUGUCUCUCUUAACUUCUCUUGGUCUUGGGCCUUGUGGUAGAGAAAGCAGGGAGAGAGUUUCAGCAUGCCAGUUAGCACGAUUAGGAAAAAAGACCCAUGCUGUCUCCCAGAGAUAGCACAUGGUCUCAAGGAGAGCUGAGAUCAGCCCCAGAAGACCCUGUAAAGACCCAUGCUGUCCUAAAAAGACCAUAAAGCCUAAAAUACCUCUAAUCCCAUCUUCCCAGGGUUUUUAUGCUCUUGAUAGAGGCAGGUCAUACAUGGAUCAAAGCUAAUUGAUUAGCAUGAUUCAAUUCCAUUGGUUGACACAUUAUGUACACAUUAUGUAUUGGUAUGACACAAUGUACAUUGAGUACAUUAAAAUGAACUCUACAGAUGACAUCAGAGAAAAGAAUGCCAAACACCCUCACUCAAGUUUUUUGUUUUGGUUUGGUUUUUUGCGGUGCAAUGAGGGUUAAGUGACUUGCCCAAGGUCAC